AUGAAUGUACCCGCCACCAUCAAAUCUCUAUUCGAUGUUGUUCCGCUAGUCACCUAUAAAGAUGAAAGGUUGCCACACAAAGGGCCAAAUUACCCGUUUCUGGAAGAGUUCACAGUGGCUGUUCACAACGUGUUCAAUUGCAAGGGCAUGAUUAUCCCCACAGACCCCAUAUCACUCGGAAUUGUCCUUGUCCUUGCCCACAAGAAUAAACUUGCCUUGCCGACAGAACAGGGGUAUGGCAGAGGAGGCAUCAUCACCACUUCCUUCCAUGCAUCGCCCACAAACACACUCCCGCUCCUUAUCGACCAAACAACCAGAACACUCGACGAAAUCAACCACACCGUCGCCAACGACCUCGACGAGCCAGCCAAACUCAUCAACGAGAUCAUCGAUACCAAGUUCUAUGAUAUCUGGGUGUUGUGUAUAUUGUGUGAAGAUAUUGCCACCACCAUUUUUGGGGUUGACACCCUCUCCAAACUAGACUUGUUGGCAGAAGUGCCAAAUUGGAACAACUUUGCGGUCCGUCACCCCAACACCAACAUACCCAAACUAUACUCCCAACAACUUGUCGAAUUUGAGGAGUACUUGGACUUGCUAGAAUCGUACGACCACCCCAUAAUCAACCUCAAACUCGCUGGCUACAUAAUCGUCAUCAACCAGCUCUUAAGCUCUACAAGACUUGGAAAAAUAGUGUGUACCAAACAUGCUUUGCUUAGCCGCUCCUACUCCCUACUUAACCUCCACACAACUAUAUAG